CUGAGAUGAAAAUGGCAGCUCUGGGCUUUUGAGAAAGCACGUGUGCUGGGCCCCGCCUCUACAGAGACCAGAAGAACUGAUACUGCAGCUGAAGGCUGAAGGGUAGAUGCCAGAAAGGACGUCCUAGGAUGGGAGAGACGAAGUGGAGGAGGAGGAAUAGAGGGAGCGAUCCUAGGUUUUGCAGGGUAUGAGAGGGGUGCGAGUUAGACUGCAGGAGGGACUUCCUGCCACGACUAAGAAGGAGACACCCAGCAGCUGAACUGCUUUCCUUAAACACCCCAGAGAGGAGGAGUGGCCUAGAGCAAAACCAAGCUCCUUCAGCCUGGAAGCUGGGCUGGUGGGGGCAAGCUGCCUCCUGGAGAGGGAGGGGCUUUGCACCCCUGGCUGGGUGUAUGUGGAAGAGUUACAGGUUGAGGCUCCCGCCCUAGAGGGUGGGGGUAGCAGUAGAGGUAUUCUGCCCCCUUCAGCCAAUCUAAUAAGGGGAUCUCCUACCCCCCACUGUGACAGCGGGGAGACAGUGGCACCAGCACUGGUUGUCAUGGUUAUAAGAGGAGCUAACUCUCAUAGAUUUUAAAGCGCUGGUGAGCUGGCAUCCUCUGCUUCUCCUGCUCUCCCCUCCUCACUGCGCAUCUUCCUCCCGGCACAGAGAAGAGAGUACAGCAGCUCAGGGGGCGAGCAGAGCCCGGGCUGGGAGGUGGAGUGAGGACGCCGAGGUGAGGUCUAGAUCCAGGGAGAUGAGCGGCAACAGGAGGCAGCCCAGCCGCAGGGUCCAGACCCGGGAAAAAGAGAAGAUGAAGGAAGCCAAGGAUGCCCGCUACACCAAUGGGCACCUCUUCACCACCAUCUCUGUUUCGGGCAUGACCAUGUGCUAUGCCUGUAACAAGAGCAUCACAGCCAAGGAAGCGCUCAUCUGCCCAACUUGCAAUGUGACUAUCCACAACCGCUGUAAAGACACCCUCGCCAACUGCACCAAGGUCAAGCAGAAGCAACAGAAAGCUGCCUUGAUCAAGAACAACACUGCCUUGCAGUCUGUUUCACUUCGCAGUAAGACUACCACCCGGGAGCGGCCUAGCUCUGCCAUCUACCCCUCGGACAGCUUCCGGCAGUCCCUGCUUGGCUCCCGCCGAGGCCGCUCCUCUUUGUCUUUAGCCAAGAGUGUUUCCACCACCAACAUUGCUGGACACUUCAAUGAUGAGUCUCCCUUGGGGCUGCGCCGGAUCCUCUCCCAGUCCACAGACUCCCUCAACAUGCGCAACCGAACCCUAUCGGUGGAGUCCCUCAUCGACGAAGGCGCAGAGGUUAUAUACAAUAAGCUGAUGAGUGACUUUGAGAUGGAUGAGAAGGACUUUGCGGCUGACUCGUGGAGCCUUGCUGUGGACAACAGCUUCCUACAGCAACACAAAAAGGAGGUGAUGAAGCAGCAGGACGUCAUUUAUGAGCUGAUCCAGACAGAAUUGCACCAUGUGCGGACACUGAAGAUCAUGACCCACCUCUUCCGCACGGGGAUGCUGGAAGAGCUACAGCUGGAGCCCGGAGUGGUCCAGGGUCUGUUCCCCUGUGUGGAUGAGCUCAGUGACAUCCACACGCGCUUCCUGAGCCAGCUGUUAGAACGCCGACGGCAAGCCCUGUGCCCUGGCAGCACCCGAAACUUUGUCAUCCAUCGCUUGGGGGACCUGCUCAUUAACCAGUUCUCUGGUCCCAGUGCUGAGCAGAUGCGUAAGACCUACUCGGAGUUCUGUAGCCGCCACACCAAAGCCUUAAAGCUUUAUAAGGAGCUAUAUGCCCGGGACAAACGCUUCCAACAGUUCAUCCGGAAGGUGACCCGCUCUGCUGUGCUGAAGCGGCAUGGGGUCCAGGAGUGCAUCCUGCUGGUGACCCAGCGCAUCACCAAGUACCCGGUACUCAUCAACCGCAUCCUGCAGCAUUCCCAUGGGAUUGAGGAAGAACGCCACGACCUGACGGCAGCACUGGGGCUGGUGAAGGAGUUGCUGUCCAACGUGGACCAGGAUGUGCAUGAGCUGGAGAAAGGGGCCCGCCUGCAGGAGAUCUACAACCGCAUGGACCCUCGGGCCCAGACCCCAGUGCCUAGUAAAGGCCCCUUUGGCCGGGAAGAGCUUCUACGGCGCAAGCUUAUCCAUGAUGGUUGCCUGCUCUGGAAGACAGCAGCUGGGCGCUUCAAAGAUGUGCUGAUGCUGCUGAUGACAGAUGUGUUGGUGUUUCUCCAGGAGAAGGACCAGAAAUACAUCUUUCCUGCCCUGGACAAGCCCUCAGUGGUAUCCCUGCAGAAUCUUAUUGUACGGGACAUCGCCAACCAGGAGAAAGGGAUGUUUCUGAUCAGUGCAGCCCCCCCUGAGAUGUACGAGGUCCACACGGCCUCCCGGGAUGACCGGAGCACUUGGAUCCGCGUCAUUCAGCAGAGUGUGCGCAUAUGCCCAUCCAGGGAGGACUUCCCCCUGAUUGAGACAGAGGAUGAGGCUUACCUGCGACGAAUCAAGAUGGAGCUGCAACAGAAAGACCGGGCACUGGUGGAGCUGCUGCAAGAGAAGGUCGGGCUGUUUGCCGAGAUGACCCAUUUCCAGGUGGAAGAGGAUGGCGGCAGUGGGAUGCCCCUACCUACCCUGCCCAGGGGCCUCUUCCGCUCCGAGUCCCUCGAGUCCCCUCGUGGCGAGCGGCUGCUGCAGGAUGCCAUCCGUGAGGUGGAGGGCCUGAAAGACCUGCUGGUGGGGCCUGGAGUGGAACUGCUGCUCACCUCCCGGGAACCAGCCCUGUCUGUGGAACCUGACAGCGGUGGUAACAUGAGUCCUGGGGUCACUGCCAAUGGUGAGGCCAGAACCUUCAAUGGCUCAAUUGAACUUUGCAGAGCUGACUCAGACUCCAGCCAAAAGGAUCGAAAUGGAAAUCAGCUGCGAUCUCCACAGGAGGAAGCAUUACAGCGGUUGGUCAAUCUCUAUGGACUUCUACAUGGCCUACAGGCAGCUGUGGCCCAGCAGGACACUUUGAUGGAAGCCCGACUCCCUGAGGGCCCCGAGCGGCGUGAGAAGCUGUCCCGAACCAACUCUCGGGAUGGAGAGGCUGGCAGAGUUAUCCCAAUGGCUCCCGAAAAGCAGGCCACAGAACUGGCGUUACUGCAGCGGCAACACGCACUAUUGCAGGAAGAGCUGCGGCGAUGCCGGCGGCUGGGUGAAGAGAGGGCCACGGAGGCUGGCAGCCUGGAAGCCCGGCUCCGGGAGAGUGAACAGGCCCGGGCUCUGCUGGAGCGGGAAGCUGAAGAGGCGCGCCGGCAGCUGGCUGCCUUGGGCCAGACAGAACCCCUCCCAGCUGCUGAGGCCCCCUGGGCCCGCAGGCCUCUGGACCCUCGGCGUCGUAGCCUCCCUGCAGGCGAUGCCUUGUACUUGAGUUUCACCCCCCCACAGUCCAGCCGAGGCCAUGACCGCCUAGACCUGCCUGUGACUAUGCGUUCCAUCCAUCGACCCUUUGAGGAUCGAGACAGACAGGAGCUGGGCAGCCCAGAGGAGCGGCUGCAGGACAGCAGUGACCCCGACACGGGUAGUGAGGAAGAAGGUAGCAGCCGUCUCUCUCCACCCCAUAGUCCACGAGACUUCAGCCGAAUGCAGGACAUCCCGGAAGAAACUGAGAGUCGAGACGGGGAGCCUGUAGCUUCAGAGAGCUAAGGGGGCCCCCUCGCCCCCUGCCCUGUGUCCCUCCAGAAGAACAUUACAGGGGGAGGCAAACCUUGGGGACUCCAUUCUGCCAAUGCUGAGGGAACAUUUAAAAGAACUGCUGAUUGUCCUUGCCAGCUCUUGGGAUCCUUGGAUACCUGGGGCCAUUUAGCAUACUGGGGGAAUUAGGCUACAGUGCCCCCUGGUGGCAUCCAGAAGCUACACCACAGAUGCCAAUUUUUCAUGCCUCUUUCCCUCUGCUUUAGGGAAAUUUAUUUAUUUAUUGUUUAUUAGUUAUGGAGGAAGAGGAGAGAUUUAGAGCACCAGGGACAUGGGAACCAAGCCAUAUGGACCAGGGGGCCUUGUCCUUUAACACUACUGGGGUUUACUGAGGCUUAACCAUGCAGCUGCUGGGUUCUAGCCUUGACACCCCUCCCCUCCCUAGCAACAUCUGUCUUUGCGGGAAGGCUGCAGCCACAGGACCCUACUGCCCCCUCAGGAAGGACUGCGGACAGGGGCAUGUUGCUCUCUCCACUCUCCUCAACUCCUACUGCUGUUCUCUCCUCUCUCUCCUCCCUGGAAACACCAGGAAAAUCACCUGGUUUCCUAGAGUUGAUGGAAUAGAGGUUGAGGUGGCCAUAAUGGUUUAUUGGGGGGAGGGGGUGAGGGAGAAACCCACAGGGACCAGAAUGUUUUUUUUUUUCUUUUUUGUACCAAAGCCAACUGCACGUGUUUUAUAUUUUUAAGAAGACUAUACGAAGCAGAGAGCAAAAUCUCUAUUUCACUGAAGAACUUGACAGAUGGGGGGAGCAAUGACUUCUCCCCUCAUCUACAAUAAGGGAGGACUUAUUCUGUCCUCUUCCCCAGCCAUUUGGAAAAAAAGUCUUGGGGUGAACUGGGAGAUCUCUGCAAACCCUGACCUCACCCCCACCUCAACAACCAUGACCUGAAACCUCAAUGUGCAUUUUGGGGGUUUUUCAAUAGGCCCUAGUUGUCCACCAGCCCCAGACAUUUUUUGCCAAUUUGUUUUUUAAAAAAGAAUAAGGCACAGAAAAUUAAAGACCUAAAACCCCAUGAAUUGCUGUCUCUUACUGGUCUGCGAGUCCUGAGGGUGUGGGCAAGGGGAGAGCUGGGCAGUGAGCUGUGUUGCUCCGAAAGGGGCCUUUCCUCUCACAGGAAGGACAGACGCCUCACGGAAGGGGGGCACUAACAAGAAACAGCUGCCGACUUUCACGUCCUUGAUGUUCACAAAUACAAGGAUAGAAAUGAAGAGGCACGAAGUCAGGUUCCAGUGGCUGUUAGGGAUGCCAAUAUUAGAAAACUUGUUUGUUCUCACUUGUGUGCCUUGCUCAGAAUUUGCAUCAGCCAGUCACCCCCUCUUCUCCCUUUUGGCACAGCUCCUGUUAGCCUGUCCCCAAUGUCACUCAUUUUCAGGUUCAGCCUCCACUCUGCCCUGUCCCAUGUCAGAGCCUGGGGUAACCUUUCCAAAAACAGUUCCCUUUGCAGAUGCAAGGCUCAGUUGGUUUCAGGUUUUGUUUUGUUUUUUUAAGAUUUAUUUAUUUAUACAAGCACUGGGUACAGUCAGAAGUGCGGGAGGGUGAGAGAAUUCACCAGAGCCAGAGCGGGGAGCAGAGCAGACAGAAGGACCGAAGU